AUGGGAAAGACCAAUCAGUCUUCUGUGACAGAAUUUGUCCUACUGGGGCUUUCUGGCUAUCCAGAGCUUGAGGCCAUUUACUUUGUGAUGGUGCUGUGUAUGUAUCUGGUUAUCCUGCUGGGAAAUGGAAUCAUCAUCAUUGUAAGUGUCUGUGACUCCCACUUGCACACCCCCAUGUACUUUUUCCUCAGUAACUUAUCAUUCUUGGACAUUUGCUAUACCAGUUCUUCUAUUCCCCUGUUUCUCAGCAGCUUCUUAACUUCACAGAAAACCAUUUCCUUCUCUGGGUGUGGAGUCCAAAUGUUUCUCUCCUUUGCUAUGGGAGGCACAGAGUGUGUCCUUCUGAGCAUGAUGGCAUUUGACCGCUAUGCGGCCAUCUGUAACCCUCUGAGAUACUCCGUUAUUAUGAGCAAGACUUCAUACAUGUCCAUGGCUGCUGGGUCCUGGAUUGCAGGGGGUGUCAAUUCUGUGUUGCAAACCUCUCUUGCAAUGCGGCUUCCUUUCUGUGGGGAUAAUGUCAUUAAUCAUUUUACUUGUGAAAUCUUGGCUGUCUUAAAAUUGGCUUGUGCUGAUAUCUCCAUAAAUGUUAUUAGCAUGGUUAUUGCUAAUGUUAUUUUUCUUGUGGUCCCAGUACUUUUCAUUUUUGUUUCCUAUGUUUUCAUUCUCUCCACUAUCCUGAAGAUUCCUUCUGCAGAGGGGAAGCGCAAAGCCUUCUCCACCUGCUCCGCCCACCUAACUGUGGUGAUUAUAUUCUAUGGAACCAUCCUCUUCAUGUAUGCAAAACCCAAGGCUAAAGACUUCUCUGGUACAGACAAAGUACAAGUCACAGACAAAAUCAUCUCUCUCUUCUAUGGAGUUGUGACACCUAUGCUCAAUCCCCUCAUCUAUAGUUUGAGAAACAAAGAUGUGAAGGAAGCUGUGAAGAAUAUGCUGUGUCAGAAAUGCUCCUCAGAGGGAAUGUCAAUGCUUUAA